CAUCACGAUGAUGAAGAAGAAGAAGUUUAAGUUUAAGGUGGACUUCGAGCUCGACGAGCUCUCCUCGGUGCCCUUCGUCAACGGGGUCCUCUUCUGCAAGAUGCGGCUGCUGGACGGCGGCAGCUUCACCGCGGAGUCCUCCAGGGAGGUGGUGCAAGCAAACUGUGUUCGCUGGAGAAAGAAGUUCUCAUUUAUGUGCAAAAUGAGUGCCAGUGCCUCCACUGGCAUCCUGGAUCCUUGUAUCUACAGAGUGUCUGUACGGAAGGAAUUAAAAGGUGGUAAAGCCUAUGCAAAGCUGGGCUUUGCAGAUCUAAACCUGGCGGAGUUUGCUGGAUCAGGAAAUACCACCCGUCGCUGUUUACUGGAAGGCUAUGAUACCAAAAAUACAAGACAGGACAAUUCCAUUCUUAAAGUUUUGAUCAGUAUGCAGCUGAUGUCUGGUGACCCAUGCUUUAAAACGCCUCCCUCCACGUCCAUGUCAAUACCCAUCGCUGGGGAAUCCGAGUCUCUGGAAGAGGACAGAAAAGGCGGGGAGACCCUCAAGGUGCAUCUCGGAAUAGCAGAUCUUUCAGCAAAGAGUGCCUCUGUUCCAGAUGAACUUGGUGCCUGGGGACAUUCUAGAACAUCCAGCUAUGCAAGCCAGCAGUCCAAAGUUUCAGGGUACAGCACAUGCCACUCCCGGUCAUCCAGCUUCUCCGAGUUCUGCCACAGGAGAAAUACCUCAGUGGGAAGCACAUCCACAGGAGUGGAAAGCAUUCUGGAGCCGUGUGAUGAAAUGGAGCCGGCCACAGCUGAACCAAACCCUGACUCCGCUGACAGGGAAGGAGACGCUUCGGAGAAGCUCACCAGGUGCCCGGUGAAGCAGGAUUCGGUUGAGUCUCAGCUGAAGCGGGUUGACGACACCAGAGUGGAUGCGGAUGACAUUGUGGAGAAAAUCCUGCAGAGUCAGGACUUCAGCCUCGACUCCAGUGCAGAAGAAGAAGGCCUGAGGUUGUUUGUGGGGCCUGGAGGAAGUACGACCUUCGGCAGCCACCACCUUCCGAACAGGGUAGGAUCUGGAGCCUAUGAGCAGGUUGUGAUCAAACGCUAAAGGUGCCGCCAGCAGACAGAAGCUUCCCUGUGUACGUGAGGUGUGGACAAUAGGUGUUUCACGGUGUUUAGGUCAAGCAUGUAAGAAAAACAAUUAACCUGUUUUCAAAGUGCAGUUCAUCUGUGAAGAGGAAAGCAGUGCUGAUUCCUUCUCAAAGCACGCCCACCGUCAUUCCAAGCCACUUACCCACUGAGGGAGCAUGUGAAUGGAAGCUGAAGGCCUGGCCCCGGUCAGCACCCAGCCUGCUUGUACUUUCGAGGCACCUCAGAGGAAAACGACAUUGGACACAUCUGGGUGUGAUUCUGGUAUUCCAGCGUAAAAAUGCAAGGCAGGGGUGCUCGACAGGUCUGGGCUCUGUUUUUAAAUUUUACAUUUAGGAGACAGUAUGUGAGGUCAAUUUAAACCCAUAAAUGCUAUCAAAAUAAUUAUAAUUCCUAUAAAGUAAAUCUUCCAUGUCCUACUACAUAUAGCAUUGAACUAAGUGUAUUAACGCCUUUUAUGCAAUAAUUGACAGAAAGUAUCCGUGCUUUGGGAAAAUGUUAUAACUUAAACAUUUGAAAUACUGCAUAAUUCUAAACGUGUCAGACAUAAGUCAAUGACAGGUGUGUCCAAGUCUGAGAUAGGCGGAUGGAAAGAAAGCUUUGAAUAUUCGAUAUAUAUUGUUCCUUGUCAUUAAUAUCAGAUGCACUGCAAACAUCCCAGUAGCACUUUGUAAGAGUCAAGUAAGCUUAAUAACCAGUCUGUUAGGCUACCAGGGGCAAGCUAGGAGAAAAGCUGAUUCAUUAGCCAUUCAGUACUAAGACUUGCUGGUCUCAGCAGUCAGAUCAGAAGGAAGACUGUAAGAUGAUCAGGAAAAUGGCACCCUUCCUACGGAAGCCAGACUUUGGUGAGCUGACACUUAACCAUGUCAGUGGAUAGACGUCUGAGCGGCUGCUGGAUUUCACUGAUGCCAUGGGCACUGGCGCUCUUCUACUUUAGCCCCUUUGACCAGAGACUGUUUUCCUUAUUGUGUCGGAAUUUAGCUGUCUGAAGCCAGAGCAGACUGUGACAUACCUCUGAUACAGCUUUGAGGGUACAAACACCUAGCCUGGAUCCAUGGCAACAGCCCAGCACACAAGCUGUAGUUGUUCUGGUUUUGACAGUAAUCCUGUGCAAAGAGCUAAACUUCCCUUUGUUGAAGAGAAGCCUGAGGUGGGCACAGAGCCAGCAAUGCCCCAGGCCUCACCUGCACAAUCAUGUCUGAGGACACAGCAGGUCAGCACAGAAUUACUCUGGCCAAGACCUUUUUAUGUUGACAAAAGGAGGAUCGAGUUAUACAAUGUUUGAAUAUCCAGAUUGGGAAGUUUGGAAAAAAAAAUGGAAUUGUUCGUAUUAGAAUUUUUACUUUAAUAUCUCAAGAAUUAGGUAGUCUACAUUAAUCCAAAACUAUUUUUACAAGUACAUGCUGAAUUUUUUAAAAUGAUGACACCCUGUUUUAGAAUAUUUUGAAUACUAAGAGAAAGAAUUUUCUGAAUCAUGUGAAGACAUAUUUGGAGGUUGGGAUAUUGGCAUGAACAUCUUUACCGGGGAAGAUGUUAUCUAAAUAGGUGGAGACAUGCUGUCUGUUUUCAAGUGAGAAGAUCCAUUGUAUGCUACAAAAAGAUCAAAGAAAGUUUUAGCUGCAGAUAAUGGAGAUAUUAUUUAGAGAAGUUUAUUCUGACAAUUUUAAAAGCAUAUUUUUCUAUUUUAAAAAUAAUUUCUAGGCUAUAUUUUUAUUGGCACUUCUGCAAAUGAGUUUGGAUUCUAAAGGUGAUAAUAGCUGGAUUGUGAGCUUGGUUCACGGAGGCUACUUGUCAGACACACACAAGGUGCUGUGAUCAGGAAAGAGUUGCUACCGCUCUUGGCCUUCUGCCUUUACACAAGAUUAGGUCCUGGUAUUUUAAACGAUACAGAAUCCUUAUUUUUUUUUAUUUUUUUUUAAUUUUUUUUUUAUUUCUUUUUAGUUAGAAAAAUAAAAUGUGUGGGCCUGGGAAUAUGGCUGAGUCGGCAGAGUGUUUGCCUAGACUACACAAAGCCCUGGGUUAAAUCCCCAGUACAUAAACUGUGCAUGGUGGUGCACAUCUGUCACCCCAGCACUGUGGAGCUGGAGGCAAGAGGACCAGAUGUUUGAGGACAUUCUUGGCUUCAUAGGGAGUUGAGGGCCAAAAGAGGCUGGAUGAUACCCUAUCUCAAAAAGGAAAAAUAAAAAUGUGAAGAGAUCUUGAAAAUUGUAGAAAAUGCCUUUUUUAUUUUAGCAGCUACUAAAUAAUCUUGAUUUACAUAUUGUUAAGGAAUAAAACAAUCACUUAAUAAGUAGAAGCAUUGGGUUGGAAGGGAAAAGGCUAGCUGUGACUCUAUAGUCAGCAUAAAUCUGGUCUCUCCUCCCCUGGUGUUCUGGGGUCUGUCCUGCAUUCAUAUUUCAGUACAGUCUGAUCAGAAUGUGAAGGGUUGCCUGAGUGUCUGCCUGUCUACUCUUUACUUUCUGCAGGGCAUCUAUUGUCAGUCUCUCAGCCACAGGCUCGUUUCAAAGCUGUUUGCUGAGUGCCUAGUCUACUUUUAAUUCUGCCUUGAGUUUAGAAAACAAUAGACUUGGAAAAGUGGAGUCCUAACAAAUUAUUUUUUUUUACUAUUUAGGUCAAAUUUUCAAGUCCAAUCUUGUAGAAUUUUGUAGGGAUGAAUUGUUUUCUUCUUCUGUGCUAGAGAAAAGACCACCUGCACUCUUUAGAGCUAGUGCUUGUGAUGAGAAGGAAGCAUCUAACCUGCCUCGUUCAGAAGAAUGCACAGGAGAGCUUCUCCUGCGACAGGCUGGCGACAAGACUACAGGAUGUGCAGCAUAGGAAAAGGCAGAGAAGGCCCUGAGCCAUGGGUUUACACUUGAAUGUGGGCUCCCUUUUGUGGUGGUAUUAAAGGCGUCUGGGUGCAAACAACUAAUGUAGAUUAACACUUUUGAUAUUAAAGGCUUGACCAACAACCCUAAAUUCCACCAUCUCAUUCCAGCAUAAAUCCAUGAGACUAAUAUCCAAACUAGAUUCUUCUGUGUAUGUUUUUGUUUUUUUAGUUUGUUGUUGUUGUUCUUCUUGUAUAAAACUGUGAGCCACAGAAGUUGACCACUUAACUUUUCCUUUGUUACUAUAAGGAAAAAAAAUAUCUUCAACUAAUCUCUAUUCUAAACAGAUUCAAAUCCCAGCUCACACAUGUAAUCCCAGCACUUGGGAGGUUGAAGCAGGAAGAUCUCUGAGUUCAAGGAUAGUCUGGGUUAACUAAUCUACUUGAGUUCAAGGGCAGUCUGGGCUCCAUGGUAAUCAUGAGCCCAGAAUGAGACCCUGACUCAAAAAACAUUUUUUUUUCAAAUCAGGUAAUUUUGAUGUCAAAGCCUCCAGAAGCAAUUCCAGACUCUCAGAUUUCCAUGUUAAAUAAACCACUUUUGAAGUAUAAACUGACAGUUUCACUAAACAUUUCACUGAAGCACUUCUGAAACUGUAGGCUUCGGUGUUUAUAACAAAUCUCAGAGAGGCAGUGGGCUCAUAUGACGGGAUUGUAUUGUUUUCUUCACAAGUCUUUCGUGUGGGCGUCUUAGAAAUUCAGUCCUCUUAGAUGGUACGUCCUGUGAAUAUCAUCAAGUAAGGUAGCUGAGACUGCGUUAGGCCACUGUACAUAUUGGCUUAGUUAGGUACUGUGCAUAAUGUUAGUAGCUGAGCUGUAAGAAUGAAAUAUUCCUGUUGUAAGCCUAAGUUAAGACUACCCUGGAAAUAAGGCCUUAUCCCCUUCUCCAUGUGAUUUUCAUCAGAAAAUGUAGACACAAACUAUUUUAAAUGGUAAUAGGGUGGUCUCCCCAUACAACAAAGCUGAUAAACAUUUUGAUUUACAAUGUGUUCUGUAUUUUCAAAUGUGUACGUUUAUCUUACUUACAUAAUUCUUUCAUCAAUAUUCAUUGGCCAAAUCAAUGUAAGGAAAGACAGACUAUAGAAGAAUUUGAUUAAUUUUGACAAUAUGUCUUGAGGAUUACCUUCCUCUAUAUUAUUUCAAUCAUUUGGAGGUUUACACAGUGUUUAUGAAGAGUGUUAUUAAUAGCUGAGGAAUAGUUAGUUCAGUGGUAAGGAACCUUCCAGCAUGUGCAAGACCUGGGAUUGGCCCUUACCACUGAACAAAGAAAAUGAAGUGAUUCCGUCAGUAUUCUAAUACUUGGAGAAUGACCUUCAUAGUUAUAUAUUUUAUGUCUUAUGUUUUAACUAUACAGUGAUAAAAUCCAGGAAAUGUUUUAUAACAAAAUAAAAUUUUGUUUGUAAAAUGUUUGUAAUAAUGUAAAAGUGAAUCUUAUACAUGUUCAAUAAAAAGCAGUAUCUCUAAA